AUGAUCGAGAUAGUGAGGAUAUCAGAUGAUCGACAUUUGGAUAUCAUUGAUAAAUUGUUUUUGGUCGUGGAUGAGAUGCUGAUGCCGCCUUCAUCUUUGACGUCGAUGAGUCGCGCGACGCCCUGCGCCAUGACCUGCGUCGUUGCCGCUGAUGGCAGAGCUGAGGAGCUCGCUGAGGCAAAGCAGGCCAAAGAGGACCUCGUGGAACUGGAGCAUCAGACGGAGAGGCACAAGGACGACCGUGAGGCGUUGCUACUUGCUCUCCAGCCGCUGGAGGAGGAGCAGGACCAAGUGCAGGCGCAGGCGAAGGCCAUGAGAGACCUGCUGGAGGCGGAUCGACAGAAGUCGGAGGAGAGGAGUUCCGAGGCGGCAGUGUAUCGCGAGGAGAUCGCCGCACAUCGCCUCGAGUUCGCCGCACAGGAGGAGGAGCUCAACGCCCUCUCGUCCCUUGAGAAGCAGGUGGCAGAGAGCCGGGGGGCGAGAGACAAGCUUCGGUCCGAGAAGUCGAAGCUCGAGGAGACCUCCAAGGCACUCCAGCAGUCCCUGGAGCAGCAGCUUGGGGAACUCAGGGAAGCGCGGCGGCGCUCCUUGCAGCUGAAGGCCUCCCAUGACGACUUUGUCAAGCUGGUUCCGCCGGCCAGCAUGCGCCAAGUCACCCUUUCCACCGGCGCGGAGCAAGUACUUGCGCGCGCGAGCCGCAAGGCGGAGCAGCUUCUGGCGGGACUCGAAGGCCAGGGCUCAGGUCGACCACCGGCGCGGCGUCAACGUACCAGUACAGGAGCCUCGCUCGGCAGCCCGGUGACCAGCACAGCCAGCCUUGGUCUCCAGCAGAAGCUGACACAGAUGGCGGAGAACAGCCUCAAGGAGGAGCUCAACGAUUGCCGCCGCUCCUUGGUGGAGCACCAGCAGUCGGUCUUGGAGAUGGCAAGGAAGCGCGGGGAGGAGACGCAGAAGCUGCGCGCAGAGCGGCGGUCGCUGGAGGAGGAGCUGUCGAAAGUUCGGGAGGAUGCCCACACCGCGCACUCAAAAUCCGAGGCCGCCAUCGCAGAGCUGCAGCGGCACCUACAGGAGCAAACUCAGGAGGCGAACCGUGAUGCCGAGAAGGUGGGUGCGGAGUUUUCCGACUUGCUGCAGAAGCAAGCCCUGGAACGAAAUGCGCUGAAGGAAGAGGUCGAGGAGCUGAAGAGGAAGCAGGCAUCGGAGAGGGAGCUGGCUGCUUCCAGCGUCAGGGACCGAGAGAAGGCCACCGAAUACCUUCACGAGCUCGAGCAAGAGUUGGCGAAGCUCCGGGUGGAGGAGGACAUCUGA